GUGAGCGAAUUGCAGUUGCACAUGCAACCUAUACAUGCAAUCUAAUGCACAAAUUACCUUAUAAUUAAGUUUUAAAACUCUAUAUUUUAAAAAAGCUUUUUUAUUUUGUAUAAAGGCAGCUAGGGAAAAUAAGAUAUCUAACUACUGAAAGCAGAAUGUAAAUAAGGAAUAAUUGUUAUAAGACCAUGCAAUCACGUGUUUAAUACGACCGCCCUCUCUUGACUGGACUGAGCAGGUUACUGGCCUGAACCUGCAGACAGACAGUGGUAUAGACGUUUUCUCGUACGUAGUCUUACUAGAACAACACCUGUGUCAGUACUUGCAAUGGGGAGUUUGUACCUCUCAAGAUGCCGGUGUAUUGUUCGACAGGUCUACUCAGGCCUUCCCAGCAUGUUGCAGCGCCGGUACAGCCUCGAUAUCUCCCCGCAGCUCCUCCGGACUGAAGGCUUCAUAGACGGCCGCUGGGUGUCUGCUGCAUCCACCUUCCCUGUGUUUGAUCCAGCGACGGGAGAAGAGAUCGCAAAGGUGUCAGACUGCAGUACGAAAGAAGCUCAAGAUGCUGUCAAUGCUGCAUACAAAGCGUUUCACGUCUGGAAGAGUCGCACAGCUAAAGAGAGGAGCAUUUUGUUGCGGAAAUGGUUUGAUCUUGUCACUCAACACAAGGAUGAUCUUGCCAAGUUGAUCACAGCAGAAUGUGGGAAACCCAUGAUGGAGUCUCUUGGGGAGAUUGCAUAUUCGGCCUCCUUUCUGGAGUGGUUUUCUGAGGAGGCCCGACGUGUGUAUGGAGAUAUUGUUGCUCCGCCAGCCAAGGACCGCAAGAUCCUAUUACUCAAACAACCAGUGGGAGUGGCUUCCAUCAUCACACCUUGGAAUUUCCCCAGUGCCAUGAUAACCCGGAAGGUGGGUGCAGCGCUGGCAGUGGGUUGCACUGUAGUGGUGAAGCCGGCUGAGGACACGCCUCUCUCUGCCCUGGCCCUUGCUGAGCUGUCAGUUCAGGCUGGCAUUCCUCCUGGGGUGAUUAACGUGGUGCCCUGCUCAAGAGAAAAGACGCCUGCUGUGGGCGAACUGCUCUGCACUGACUCUCUGGUGGCCAAAAUCUCAUUUACUGGCUCCACAGCCACUGGCAAAACACUACUAAGACAUGCUGCAGGAACUGUCAAAAAGGUAUCCAUGGAGUUGGGAGGACAUGCCCCUUUCAUUGUAUUUGACAGUGCUGAUGUAGACAAAGCUGUUGCAGGAGUAAUGGGUUCUAAAUUCAGGAAUUCCGGCCAGACCUGCGUGUGCUCCAACCGCUUUCUGGUUCAGGCUGGUAUCCAUGAUGCAUUCGUGGAGAAGCUGGCAAAGGCUAUGGACGCAGAGCUGAAACUUGGCCAUGGCUCAGAGCCCACCACCACACAGGGACCUCUCAUCAACACCCGUGCCGCAGAGAAGGUGGAGAACCAGGUUGUAGAUGCUGUGGCUCAGGGGGCAAUCAUAGUUAGAGGUGGCAAGAGACUGGAGGGGUCCUUUAUGCAGCCCACACUACUGUCCAACGUCACCACUGACAUGCUCUGUAUGCAGGAGGAGACUUUCGGACCCCUUGUUCCUGUUGUUAAGUUCAGUACUGAACAGGAGGCACUUGCCAUUGCCAAUGCUUCUCCUGUUGGUUUAGCAGGUUACUUUUACUCUCGAGACAUUAGUCAGAUCUGGCGAGUGGCGGAACACAUGGAGGUGGGCAUGGUCGGGGUCAAUGAAGGUCUGAUCUCCACCACAGAAGCUGCUUUUGGUGGAGUCAAACAAUCUGGACUGGGCAGAGAAGGAUCCAAAUACGGCAUUGAUGAGUACCUGGAAGUGAAGUACAUGUGUUUUGGGGGACUCACUCCUUAAAAAACCCAGACAAUAAUUACUACCAGUUACAGCAGAUAUUACAGUGCAGUGGUAUUAAUAAUAUACUUGAACCAGACGGUAGACCAUUGCAGAAACAUUAAAGGAAUAGUUCACCCAAAAAUGAGAAUUCUCUCAUCAUUUACUCGCCCUCAUGCCAUCUCAAACACGUAUGACUUUGUCUUCUAAGGAACACAAACAAAGAUAUUUUGAUGGAUAUACUGUAUGAUGCCUGUUUGUCCAUGCAGUGUAAGUCAGUGGAGUCCACUAAUUCAUAUGACGAGAGUGGUUUAAUCCAUGUCUUCUGAAGGGAUACUAUUGGUUUUGGGUAAGAACAGACCAAAAUGUAACUCCUUUUUCACUGUAAAUCUUGACAUCUGCAGUCUCCUUGGCACAUGAAUGAGAGAAGCUUGAUUACACUCCCUAGCAUUUGAUGAAUGCGUAGAGCACGUGUACAGCACAUUUCUUCAAAAUAUCUUCGUGAGUAAAUGAUGAGAGAAUUAUCAUUUUUGGGUGAACUUUCCAUUUAAUCUUCAAAACACUGAACCAAACUACUCUCUCUGUCAAUAAGAUGUAACUGAAUAUGGACUAAAUGGAUUGAGGUUCUUAGUGAACAAAGUCCUUUCAAUGAGCUCGUUUACAUGGACACCAGAAAGCCAUCUAUUGUGAGAAAACGGCAUUCCUGUUAACAUGCAAUGUGUUUGGGGGGCCUGGGUAGCUCAGUGGUAAAAGACGCUGGCUACCACCCCUGGAGUUCGCUAGUUCGAAUCCCAGGGUGUGCUGAGUGACUCCAGCCAGGUCUCCUAAGCAACCAAAUUGGCCUGGUUGCUAGGGAGGGUAGAGUCACAUGGGGUAACCUCCUCGUGGUCGCUAUAAUGUGGUACGUUCUCAGUGGGGCGCGUGGUGAGUUGGGUGCAGAUGCCGCGGUGGAUGGCGUGAAGCCUCCACAUGCGCUAUGUCUCCGUGUCAACGCGCUUAACAAGCCACGUGAUAAGAUGCGUGGGUUGAUGGUCUCAGACGUGGAGGCAACUGGGAUUCAUCCUCCGCCACCCGGAUUGAGGCAAACCACGAGGACUUAAAAGCGCACUGGGAAUUGGGCAUUCCAAAUUGUGUGAAAAAGAAAAAAAAAAAACAUGCACUGUGUUUGCAGCUUUCUCUUUACCCACGUAUACAUGCGGCUAGGUCAGUAAGCAGCUUUCUCCCCUUUAACUGCACUAACACUUGUGUAAAUAACAAACAUGAUAUCCGAAGACUUCUCUAUUUUAUUCUCUGUUGCUUCACUUUAUUUCCAGGUAUUCCAGAGUUGUUGCCAUGUUUGUUUCCUUGACUUUCUAUCGCAACCUGCAGCGGAAUUGCACUGCAAUAGAGCGCAACAGUUUUUGCCUUUUCAGCCAUACGUGUUCCAGAAGUAUUUUUCCCAUUCAUUUUUUACAUUGGCUUUUCAUAAAAAUCCUUCAUAAAAGAGUUCUAAGCCAUGAACCAAACCAACCAGCUCUAAGGUGAAUUACAAUACACACUUUAAUUUGAAGCAGAAAAGUAUUUGAAAAUCGUUUAAUAAGAUAAAGGUACAAGACUGUAUACUUACUGUCGUUCACGAGGGUAUGAACUACAAUCCCAUGAAGCAUUGUGAAUGAUGUAAUCGAAUAAAAAACCAUGGAAAUAUACAAAACUAUUGAUUUUAGGUUGUUUUUUAUAAGUAUAGAAACAGUGUAUUUUAAAGUUACUGCAAAGUAUUCUGAUAUAUACAAAUAUAAAUUUUAGGGUGUAAUGAGACCGACUCAAAUGGAAGUGGGCACUCGCUGCUUGACUUGUUUGAUGGGCUAUGUUGGCCGUGGUUCUCUGAUUUGUGGAUCUUUCUCUGCUGGACCAUGGGUAAUGUAGUUGUUCACCUGGAAUUCCGCUAUUAAACAAUUUUUAAACAAUAAAGUUGAAAUAACAUGGACUGAUGGUUUCAACAAGGCACAUACCGUCGAUGAACAACCUCUGAGUUUAUGGUAGGUCUGUCUUUAAAAGUUUAUAAGUUAUCGUUGAAAAUCAGUUAGUCUAUGGAAAAAAUGAAUGGGGUUUUACUUCCGGAACCAGACUGUUGCGCACUAUAGUGGAAUUUCCCUCUUACGUAAAACACAGAGAUUCCCCCAGUGUACUUUAGCGCAUAUACACAGACGUGAGGUACAGUAGUCGAUAUUUUUAAUCUGUGUGUAUAAAUGGGUUUAUUUUAUAGUGGAUGUGCUUUUCCUUUUUCCCAACUGUUCUCCCAAAAAUGUUGAAUACAAAACACCGCCUUCUGCAAAAACCCUGGAAUAAACCGUUUUCUUGUGCAUGUAAAUGUGGUCAAUGAAGGGAUAUUUGUUGUCAAAAUGAGUUGUACAAAAAUUGACCUCCUUGAGGUCAUGUCCGUCAUCCAUCAUAGUUGAUUUAUGUAACCAUGUAGCUCUGAAAUAAGAUUGACCUGAUUCAUGCAGGCACUGAAAUAAGCAAAAUAUACUUGCGCGGGAAAUGAUACUGUAGGUUUUUAAAAAUAGUUAACAAGCUCCUAUAGAGCCCUAAAUGUAAUCCUUAACCUACCCCUUUUCUUAUUCCUGAAUCUGAUUGGUUAAUAGGAAUGUUGUUCCUGGACCAAAAAGGUUGGUACCAUUUUAAACAUAGAUCCAGAGACCAUUUUUGAUAGCAGUACCACAUUUCAACUGAAGCUGAACUUAACUAGCGCAGCCAGAUCAUUCACUAAACCUAUUUCUACAUUUACUCUUAACAAUAGACACAAUGCUUGAAAGGGUAUUUUAAAAAUGAUGCUAGCAACAGUACAUCUCAGGCUGAUGCCUGUAAAUGUAUAGAUGAAAAAGUUAAACUUGAUAUGGGUUUAUUUUGCUAAGUGCUCUAUUUUUGUAAUUCUACAAAAAAGGUGUUGGUAAGACUGUUAAACAUGAAACAUUGACUGUGAUGGGAUAUAUUUGGGUGCUUAUGCUGCUGGAUAGAAAAAGUUUUGUUUCAAGGUAUUGUCUAGCAAGUUAUUAAUUGUCUAAAAACAAUGUCUUUUAAGGCCAAAUGUUGUCCCAGUGCCAGUGCAAUUUAAUUAUGUUUGUAUUGCUUUAAUUGUAAAUAUUAAUUCUCUAUUAAUAUACAUUAAGGUAUUGUUAUUGUGUAUUGUAAUGUAUGUGGAAAAAAAGAAAUGUUUUUCUAAUCUCCGAAGAAUUGAAAUUCUGCAGAUAAGAGCAUAAACGCACAAAAACUAGGCAAUAAAGCUAAUGGCAUCUAAAUAA